AUGAGCGCGGAGAGAGGGCGGGACUUGAGUCUAUACUGUAAAGAAGCCGGGGACAUGAGCGACAGGUUUGUGGUGGUCCCCGUGGAAAGUGGGAGUGUCGGUGUUGACCCGGGCUCCCUGGACCAUGACACCGGGGGGGAGCUGGCCGAAUCGGGCGAGGAUUCCGUGUUUGAGGCCCCCCAGCACCAGCAGCACCUGCAGCAGGCGGGGCUGGAAGAGGAUGGAAUCGUGCCCAUUCUGGAGUACAACCGUGAGCCCAACAAGUAUGGUGCGUAA